AUUGCCCUCCAAGUAUUUGUCGUUUCUUCAUCUUCUUCGUCUUGCUUGACGUAGACUGUAUUUGUAUUAGAAAGAGAGCUGCUCUGCAACCGAUCUACAUCACCGAUCCUGCAUGUCGAUCUUCGAGUACAACGGGAGUGCCCUAGUGGCUAUGGUGGGGAAGAACUGCUUCGCCAUCGCCAGUGACCGCCGCCUCGGUGUACAGCUGCAGACUAUCGCCACCGACUUCCAGAGGAUUUACAGAAUCCACGGAAAGCUGUUCAUUGGUCUCUCCGGUCUGGCCACGGAUGCCCAAACCUUGUAUCAACGGCUCGUGUUCCGGCAUAAGUUAUAUGAGCUCAGAGAAGAGAGAGAUAUGAAGCCUGAGACUUUUUCCAGCCUUGUAUCUGCUAUUCUAUAUGAGAAAAGAUUUGGUCCAUACUUCUGCCAACCUGUAAUUGCUGGAUUAGGGGAUGAUGACAAGCCUUUUAUUUGCACAAUGGAUUCAAUUGGAGCAAAGGAGCUUGCCAAAGAUUUUGUUGUUGCUGGGACUGCUUCAGAAUCACUGUAUGGAGCCUGUGAGGCCAUGUUCAAGCCUGAUAUGGAACGGGAAGAAUUAUUCGAGACAAUCUCUCAAGCACUCAUAGCAUCAGUGGACCGAGACUGCUUGAGUGGUUGGGGUGGACAUGUUUAUGUCGUAACGCCGACUGAAGUGACAGAGAAAAUCUUGAAGGGAAGAAUGGACUGACCAUUUCGUAUGAAGCCGACCGCGGUCUACCUGAAUACAUUUCCACCCAGUGCAGCUUCCAUAUCAGUUUUCAACUACCAACUCUUCAUGUUCUCUGUUUCGGAUGUUCGAAUGAACCCCUGGGAUUAAUGUGUAUUGACAAAUGUCAAAUGUUAUUUCUCUUUCAGGUGUGUAUUUUACCAUUUUUCCCUAUUUUUUUCUAAGAAGGUCCGUUUGGCAUACGAAAUUGAUG